UCUCCUCUUGAAGCCUCUUUUCCUUCCUAUUCCGACAGCUUAUAUAGCUGUGGACGGGAAUGGUAUAUUCGGCAACUAAAAUGUCGUGUAUCCAAGCAUCCAUGCAAUAGAACUCACGUCCCGUAAAUAUGUGCAGCUUUCCAAUAUCAUUUGGUGACGGUUUCUCUUUUUCAGUUGCAUGAUGCCUGGUUACCGGUUUUAUCGAUCUCCCACCAGUCGGCAUACCAUCAGCUGGGGGACUCGCAUGACAGAGACCGCUUCUCGUUUCUCUUGGUUUCUCUCUUAAGAUUGCUAUUGGAAGCGUGCCAUGAACACGACCAUGUUUAGCACUCUUACUCACAGUUUCUUAAUUUUUGGCAAUACCCAUGUUCUUAAUGGGGAUUUUCUGCUAUUUACUCCCCUUUUCCGGCACUCUAUCUCGUUGGGAGUACAUCUGUUUUUCCUGCUGCUAACACUUCUCUGGGUCUUCCUGAGGCGGUCGACGCUCAAGUCCUAUAAAACUUCUGGUUUUUUGUACAAUUUGUCCCUUAUCUGUAGCUUGGGAUUGUGCUUUCUGUUCGGUGGCUUGAGCACUUACCAUUAUUUGAAGUACUGGGAUGGCAGUUCGGUUGAAACCACCAUUGCCCAAGUUGACUGGAUGGAGCAAGCUGUGGCCUGGGGUGCAAUUUCGGGGUUCCUGAGAUUUGGGAUGUCAUGGCAAAGAUUUCAAAUUUUGCUGCGAAUAUGGUGGUUGGUGUUCUUCGUCUUGUCUUUUUAUAGCUUUGUUAUUGAUGUGGCCUUCUAUAAGGGGUCAUGUUUCUUUUGGGCAGAUUUGUUAUGUAGUUUUGCCGCCUUGUUCCUUUGUUGCGCUUCCCUACGCGGCAUUUUUAGCACAGACGAUAAUGAAAGGACCCAUCUCAGGGAACCUCUAUUGAAUGGUUCCACAGAAAAGAAGGAUGUUGCUAAUAACGUCACUCCAUAUGCAACUGCAGGCUUUCUCAGCCUGCUGACUUUUUCGUGGUUGAGUCCCCUGUUUCCAGUUGGUAACAGCAAAGCGUUAGACCUAGAAGAUGUACCUGAAGUAGCUAAGAAGGAUAGUGCAAAAUUUGUUUAUCCCGCUUUUAGAAGCAAACUCGAUGAGGGAGAGUCUACUGAUUAUAUGGGAAAACUCAGACUGGCGAAAGCAUUGUUCUCCUUUGUCUGGAAGGAUGUAGCAUGGGCAGGAUUCUUCUGUCUCCUGUACAGUCUUUCCUCAUUCGUUGGCCCUUACCUAAUCGACUCGUUAGUGCAAUAUAUCAAUGGUCGCCAGAGGUUUGCCCAUGAAGGCUACGUCCUGGUUUCUGUGUUUCUUGUGGCUAAGCUUGUACAGAGUUUUUCACAGAGACAUUGGUAUUUCCUAACACGGCAAAUCGGCAUUAGAAACAGGGCAGCACUGAAUGCGACAAUUUAUAAGAAAGGCCUUUCUUUGUCUAGCCAAUCUCGGAAAAUGCAUACGAGUGGGGAGAUUAUGAAUUUGAUGAGUGUUGAUGCUGAUCGGAUUGCACUUUUCUGUUGGUACGUGCAUGACCUAUGGGUUGUGCCUCUUCAAAUCAUUUUAGCUUUGGCAAUCUUGUACAGGAACUUGGGAUUAGCUUCACUUUCUGCUCUGGUGGCAGCUUUCCUAAUUAUGCUAGCAAACCUCCCUCUGGUCAAAUCCCAAGAGGGCCUCCAGGAGAAGCUUAUGGAAUCAAAGGAUGAGAGAAUGAAAGCAACUUCUGAGAUCCUGAGGAACAUGAGGAUACUAAAACUCCAGGCCUGGGAAAUGAGGUUCUUGUCAAAGGUUAUGGAUUUGAGAAACACUGAGACAAACUGGUUGAGGAAGUACAUUUAUACAACAGCUUUUGUAAGUUUUCUCUUCUGGGGAGCACCUAUUUUCAUAUCUGCUGCUGCAUUCGGUUCAUGCAUGCUUCUAGGGAUCCCACUUAUGUCUGGCAAGGUUCUAUCUGCCCUUGCGACAAUUGAGAUACUUCAACAGGCCAUUUACAAUCUGCCAGAUACUGUCUCAAUGAUUGCUCAAAUUAAAGUUUCCCUUGAUAGGAUUGCUUCAUUCCUUCGUCUUGAAGAAAUGAAAACUGAUGCAGUUGAGAAACUAUCUAAAGAUGUGUCUACUUUGGCAGUUGAAAUAUACGAUGGUGUCUUUUCUUGGGAUCCAUCUUCAAGCGUUCCUACUCUGCAAAAUUUGAACUUCAAAGUACAGCACGGGAUGAAAGUUGCUGUAUGUGGCACUGUUGGGUCAGGCAAGACAAGCCUCCUAUCUUGCAUCUUAGGCGAGGUUGAAAGAAUAUCUGGAACUGUUCGAUUGAGUGGAACAACAGCCUUUGUUGCUCAGUCACCCUGGAUCCAAAGUGGGAAGAUUGAGGAGAAUAUACUUUUUGGUAAGGAGAUGGACAGAGAUAGGUAUGAACGUGUCAUUGACGCUUGUGAUUUAAGAAAGGACAUAGAGUUGUUACCUUUUGGAGAUCAAACUACUAUAGGAGAGAGAGGAAUUAACCUGAGUGGCGGCCAGAAGCAAAGAGUACAAAUUGCACGUGCUCUGUACCAGGAUGCUGAUGUUUAUCUCUUUGAUGAUCCUUUUAGUGCUGUUGAUGCUCACACAGGCAGUCACCUCUUUAAGGAGUGCUUGCAUGGUUUCUUAGGUUCGAAAACAGUGAUAUAUGUAACACAUCAAGUGGAAUUUUUACCUACUGCCGACCUUGUUUUGGUAAUGCGAGAUGGACAAAUAACACAGUCUGGCCCCUAUGACAAGAUCCUUGGCUCUGGGACUGACUUCAUGGAGCUUGUUGGUGCACAUGAGCAUGCUCUGUCAGCCAUUGAAGCUGCCACUGCACUUGAUUCACAAGGAUUAGAUGUCAAUGAACUUAACAGAUCUUUUGAGAUAGAAAUGCAUGGACACGAGAAAGAUAGAGAUGGUGAAAGUAAUGGUAAUGGUGUCGAGUUGGAGCAGCCAACAGAGAAAAAUUACCAGCUUGUUCAAGAAGAAGAGCGAGAGAAAGGAAGAGUAGGCUUUUCUGUGUAUUGGGAAUAUAUUACAACAUCAUAUGGUGGAGCACUAGUCCCACUUAUUUUGCUGAGCCAUAUUGUCUAUAACCUUCUUCAAAUAGGCAGCAACUAUUGGAUGGCUUGGGCAACACCAGUUUCAGAUGAGCAUCCAUCCUCAGUGAGCGGAUUUACUUUGAUUGUUGUCUACAUUAUACUGUCCUUGGCCAGUGCCGUGUGUGAGCUAUUCACAGUUUUGCUCAUAGGAACUGUUGGCUUUAAAACAGCGACAGUGCUCUUCAAUAAGUUACAUGCAUGCAUAUUUCAUGCUCCUAUGUCGUUCCUCGAUUCUACUCCAACAGGCCGUAUCCUUAGUAGGAUAUCAAGUGACCAGAGUGAACUUGAUCUUUACAUUCCUGAGUUGCUGGCAACUUGUGUUUUUGCUGGUAUACAACUUCUUGGAAGCAUUGCAGUAAUUUCACAAAUUUCAUGGCAAGUUCUCAUUAUUUUCAUUCCAGUGGCCUGUGUGGGCAUAUGGUUGCAGCAAUAUUAUCUACCAACCUCUCGAGAAUUAUCCCGGCUUGUUGGACUAUACAAAGCCCCUAUGCUACAACAUUUUGCGGAGUCGAUAGCCGGAUCAUCCACUAUCAGGAGUUUCAAUGAAGAGUCAAGGUUCUUGAACAGAAACUUCCAGCUGAUAGAUGGCUUUUCUAGACCAAAAUUUCAUAUUUCUGCUGCCAUGGAGUGGCUCUGCCUACGUUUGGAUGUGUUGUCUUCUCUAAUUUUUGCUUUUUCUUUGAUUUUCUUGAUUUCAUUGCCUAAAGUUUAUGCAACUCAUUUAGAUUUAACUAUUAACGCUGUUCUACAUUUUUUUACAGGAAUUGCUGGAUUAGCAGUAACCUAUGGCUUGAACUUGAACAUGCUGCAAAUGUAUCUUGUUUGGUGUUUAUGCAAUGCUGAGAAUAGGAUGAUUUCUGUGGAGAGAAUUCUGCAAUACACUCGUCUUCCUAGUGAACCUCCUCUGACGAUUGAAACAAACAGACCAAGCAAGAAGUGGCCAUCUCAUGGAGAAAUAGAUAUCAGUGAGUUGCAGGUACGUUAUGCUCCACAUCUACCUUUGGUUCUAAAGGGUUUUACAUGCACCUUUCAUGGUGGGGCGAAAACAGGCAUCGUUGGGAGAACAGGCAGUGGGAAAUCCACACUUGUGCAAGCCCUCUUCCGUAUAAUUGAUCCAUCAUAUGGUCGGAUAGUGAUUGAUGGAAUUGACAUCUCAACCAUAGGGUUGCAUGAUCUGAGGUCUAGAUUAAGCAUCAUUCCACAAGAACCAACCAUGUUUCAAGGAACUGUGAGGACCAAUCUUGAUCCUCUUGAAGAAUAUGCCGAUGAGCAAAUUUGGGAGGCUUUAGACAAGUGCCAACUUGGAGAUGUAGUUAGGCAGAAGGAUGGCAAACUUGACGCAGCAGUGACUGAGAAUGGAGAGAACUGGAGUGUGGGCCAAAGGCAGCUAGUCUGUUUAGGACGAGUACUUCUGAAGAAGAGUAGAAUUCUGGUGCUUGAUGAAGCAACGGCUUCUGUUGAUACUGCAACAGAUGGUCUAAUUCAACAGACAUUGAGGCAACAUUUUUCCGAUUGCAGUAUUCUUACAAUAGCACACCGAAUGGCAUCUGUCUUGGACAGUGAUAUGGUCCUAGUUAUGGAAAAUGGUCUUGUUGCUGAGUACGACUCUCCAAGAAAACUGUUGCAAGAUACAUCAUCUGCAUUUGCAAAACUCGUCAAUGAAUAUGUGAUGAGAUCAAGCUCUACUCGAUCCUAAUGCUAUGACACUAUGUUACUGCCAAAGUUUACUGGUCCGUGCAAGCAAGCUAAAAUUGUUUAUGUUCUAAAACUGCACACUUUCAGAUUAAUGCAAAAAAUAUUGUCUGAGGCUCUUUUUCAUAAUUUUUUCUAUGAAUGUGCUUAUCAUAAUUUAACUAUUAUUGAAAAUAAAGUUACA